CAGCUGACUCUGUGGGGAGCUGUCGGUGCUGUGGAAGGAGAAAGCAGCCAUGAGGACAGUCCUGGUCUUUGUCUGCCUGGUGGGGAUGGCGUGUGCCUUCUCGGUCAAGAGCUGGCUGCGGCGAGCCAAGCUGGAUGACUCGGAAGAAAACGCGGUGUUCAAGAACAGGCACCGGCAUUACCUGUACAGAUACAUCUAUGUGUAUCCCCCGCAGCGACGGUACCAGGGCAGUGACUCAUCUGAGGAAGAGGGGGAUGGCUCGGAGGAGGAGGAGGAAGGGGGGGAGCCGUUUCAUGCUGGCACCAAGGUAGCUGGUCAUCCUGCUGGAGCAGCCCCUGGGGACUGCCAAGGUGGGCUGGGAGGAGACGUCGCAUCUCCCCAGCAGGGCAAGGACUGCCAAGGGACUCUGAAGGGGGUUAGGCAUGGAACUGCCAGCAAGGGGGAAGACUCUGAAAAUGAAGACAGUGAUGAGAAUGAGGAGGAGGAAGAGGAGGAAGAAGAAGUAGAUGAGAAUGAGAAUGGAAUCAAUGGCACAAGCACCAACACCACUGAGGGGGCUGAUGGACCUCAUGGCAAUGGCACUGCAGUGGCUGAGGAGGGCACUGGUGCAGCUGAGGAAGAGGAGGAAGAGGAGGAGGAGGAAGAAGAAGAAGAAGAGGAAGAGGAGGAGGAAGAGGAGGAAACUGAAGCCACCACCAUCGCCAGCACCACCGAUGAAGAGGGGCUGACCCAGGCGACCACUGUGGGAGAUGGGGGACCCACAGACGCCACCACAGAUGCCACCACAGUUGGGGAGCUGUGGGAUUACGAUGUGACGGCCAGGGACCACAGCCGGGGGGAUGAGGGCACCACCACGGGUGGGUAUGAGGAGCAGGACGAGUACGCCCGCGGGGACAGCUACCGGGCCUAUGAGGACGAGUACGGCUACUACAAAGGGCACGGCUACGAUGUGUAUGGCCAGGAUUACUACUACAGCCAGUGAGAAGGUUGGGGGGCAUCCCUGGUGCUGCCCCCCACCUGCCCCAUGCCACUCAGGAAGGUGCAUCCGAAGGCUCACUGCAGCCACUGCAUGCCAGAGGGGAUGCCAGGCAGCUUGCCAUGCACACUGGCUCCGUCCCAGGCUUUGGUUUUUUUUUUUUUUUUUUGUAUCUUGCAAAGUGAAAUGAAAUAAAGCAACCGAACUGA